UGAGAGAGAAACCAAAAAAAGCCUCAGCCAUUAGCGGAGGAGGCAUCGAGUUUCCUCGGGGCUUCUUAUGGCGACCGCAUCUAAGGCUCACCUGCUUUCCCACUUUUUCAGUUCCAACGACAUCUCCUCCUUCCUGAAACCUCACCAACCCUCCACACCACCACCAACACCAACACCACCUAUCUUCUCCCGCCAUAUCUUCCUCCGCCCUUUACUUCCCGCCAUCUCCGUCACCACCAACUUCUCUACCGCUAAGAAUCGCUCGGCCUCUCUUCCCGUUUUCAAUUGUCUAGUAUCUGGAGUCGACGGUGGAGGCGUUGCCGAUGACUUCGUCUUCACGCGAAAUUCUGGCUUCGAUCGUGAAUUCUCCGUCAUAGCCGGUAUGCUCAAACGCAUCGAACCCCUCGAUACCUCCGUCAUCUCCAAGGGCGUCUCCACUGCCGCUAGGGAUUCCAUGAAGCGCACCAUCUCCGCGAUGCUUGGUUUGCUUCCUUCUGAUCAGUUCUCUGUCACCGUCAGCGUCUCCAGGCGUCCUCUCGAUCGCCUCCUCGUCUCUGCUAUCAUCACCGGAUAUACUCUUUGGAAUGCGGAGUAUAGGGUUUCUCUGAUGAGGAACUUCGACAUCUCUCCAGGGAGUUCGGAAGCCCCGGUUGCUUCUCAUGGGCGUGAGAUUUCAGCGACGGAGUAUCAAAAGAGGGAAGGUAGGGACGUCGAUGUUGAUGUUGAUGUUGAUACCUUCAGUGAAUAUGCAAUGGACGAAAGCGCUCCUCCGGAUUUAGGGAACUUAUCCCCCGAUGCUCUGAAUUACAUUGCUGAGCUAAAAGCUGAGUUGGCUACCAUUGAGAAGGAAUUGAAUGCUCAGAAGCAGGAAAAUUUGCACUUGGAAUAUGAUGGGGGAGGGAAUAAUGAUUUGUUAGAGUACUUGCGAACUUUGGAACCAAACAUGGUGACUGAAUUAUCUCGUCCAUCAUCUUCGGAGGUUGGGAAAGUUACUCAUGAACUUGUUCAAAACAUACUGGAAAAGUUGUUAAAAGAUGAUACUGCCUCCGGUUUCCUGGAAGAUUCAGUCAUAGAGAAAACAGAGAACCUACCAGAUGGUGAUAUUGAGCUUUGCAAUACUUUUGGAACAUCUCGGGAUUACCUUGCGAAGCUGCUUUUCUGGUGCAUGCUAUUAGGUCAUCACUUACGAGGCUUGGAAAACAGAUUGCAUUUGAGCUGUGUUGUUGGAUUAUUGUAAAGAUGAAAAAGUAUAGUAGGAAAGACAUGUAUAUUCUUUUGCUCUAUAAACUUUCUGUAAAACCAUAGAUAUAGUCACUUGUAAUUCUUGCAUCAAAUAGUUCAUAACAAAGAAAUUUUGCCCCGCAAUUUCAGUCU